CCCCGGGCGUACUCGGGCGCUGUGUUCUUCUGCCUUGCUCCAUUCGCAGUGUACACUCAACCCUUGGGAUUUGGCAGCAACCGCGGGAAGGGCAGUAGGCUGCUGAACGGGCUGUGCUGCCCCUCGUAGUCCAGUCACUGCUUGUCUACUUAAGUAAACUACACUGAGUUUAAGAUGCGAAGAUGGCAGUAUUUGGAAGAAGCAGCAUGGAAACUAGCAAGCACCUGCCCAGCCCAAGCACGGUUUUUGCUAUGGACACUCAGCAACACAGAAGGUAAAAACCAAGAUAAUGUUGGCCAGUGGUGCUGUUACUGUUUCCAGUUUCUUCAUCCUGGUAACUACAGGGUACGUCUGAUACCCAAAAUGAAAAUGACUCCACAAAUAGAGAAAUUAAUUAAUCGGAAAAAGAAAAACUACAAGCUCAAUUUAAAACAAAUAAAACUUUUGAUGAAAUACAAGGAAUCAAAGAAUGUGCUGCUAAUUACCUGCCAUUUUUGCAGGAAAACAGCAAGACACAAUGGAAAAAGCAGAAAGGAUUUGGGUAUAAAUACACCAACUUUGAAAACAAUUUCAAACAAAGAUACACCUGUCUGCAACAGCCAUUCUGGAUCUAAAACACGGAAAUCAUCAGGUUCCAGAAUUUCCACAUCUGAACUAUCAACACCACAUUCUUCCUGCAGAACUCCAAGAAAUGCCAAAUCUCACUUUACUCAGUUGAAAAGACUGCUUCUACUUGAAGAAAAUAAAAAAUGUGAUAAGGGAGACCUGAAAAAGUUCUUACAGUUACUUUGAAAAACCUUUUAAUAAUUGAUAUACCAUAAUUGCAGCUGAAUAAAAGAAUGUGUCACUUGGUUUUCCUAUUAAAAUGGUAUGAGAUAAUGGAAAAGAACACAGGGUAAAGUAUGCAUAUAAUGUGUGGAAGACCAGUAUUUCAUUUCUUCCCUCUUUCUCCUGGCCCUUUUCUUACUGUAUUGGGGUGAAGAAACAGAUUUCCAUACAAUUGCUCACAUCUGAAUUACUUGGCUCAUAAGAGGUGCUGCUACUUUUUAAGGAGAUGGCUUGUACUUAAAGUUUUAACCUAGAAAAUAAACACAAAUUGCUUUGAACUUUA